GAGAAAACGAAACUUAAUUCGGUCAGGCGGAAUCGAGCUACGUAGAACACGGGGCAGUACAGUUGUGAUGAAAACUGAAACAUUUAGCUUAUAGCUAAUAUCGUGAAUGUUGCAUUUUGAAAUGACAUUCCGACUGUAGGGAUAUGCAUAAUGGACGUAGCUAAGCUAAACGAGUAUGCUCAGAAGGAGCGGUUGUCGCUGAGAUAUGUGGACGUUGGAUCUGUUGGCCCGGAUCACAUUAAAACGUUUACAGUCAGAGCAGUCGUGAAUGGUAAUGUGUAUCCUGAUGGUGUGGGAAAUAACAAGAAGGAAGCCAAACAAAACGCAGCUACACAUGCCCUGAGGUGCUUGUUGGAGAAACCACCUGACCCUACCGAGAAGGUAGCUGAAGCUUCUACUGCAUCAGUUCUACAAACAAGUUUCACUCAGCCCAAAUAUAUAAGUUGGCUAAAUGAAUAUGGUCAAAAGAAACGGCUUAGUAUAAGGGCAUCGGAGUCAACAAGACUGGGACCAAAUAAUGCUGCUCCAUGCUGUUGCUUCAUUGUUGGUGAGAAAGAGUAUCCAACUGCCACUGGGAGAACGAAAAAAGAAGCUAAAGAGGAAGCAGCCAAGCUUGCAUAUCAUGAGAUAUGUGACAGUAAAACUACGGAGGCAUCUUUGUGCUCAGCUGCGUCUGAUGACGGGGCGCUUGCCAGGGUGUCCACGCCACCGAGCCCACCGGAGUUCCUUAAUCCCAAACCUAAAACUCUGCCCAAGACUUCAACUGACUCAGCUGUUUUCUUAGAUUCAUCCAAUCUUCCUGAGGACAAGAUUCAAAGUCCAGACGUGAAGCCAAAAAUAAGAAUUGCAGCAAAUUUCAAAAAUUCCCCCAGAAGCAACAAAGAUGAUGUGAUAAAUGUCAAUGACAAGAAGACAGGAAGUAGUCCAAGUAAGAAAACUACAAAGCAGUCAGUGAAUUCAAGGUUCACAUCUGAAUUUGACUCCAUUGUGUCCCUCGGCAGCGGAAGCUUCGGUCGUGUUUAUAAGGCACAACAAAAACUGGUAACGAAGGAUUAUGCUAUAAAGAUUGUCCCUUGCAAAGAGAUCAAAAAAGUUCUACGAGAAGUGACAGCAUUGUCAGACCUCCAUCACAGCAACAUCGUGCGAUACUACACCUGUUGGUUGGAGGAUUCAGGAUACCAAUGGGACAGCAAAGAUGACAGUGGCAGUUCCUCACAGUCAACCGGUAAUUCGUCGGUUAAGUUCUUUUAUAUUCAGAUGGAGUUGUGUGACACUACACUCAGAGUGUGGAUAGACCAGAAGAAUAUUCAGAAUGUGAAGAAAUCACUGCGAGACUCCAAGAGAAGAGAAGACGGUCUAACUAUUGCUCAGCAAAUAGUCAGCGGAGUCGAGUACAUUCACUCCAAGAUGCUCAUACACAGGGACCUGAAGCCUGCCAACAUCAUGUUUGGGCAAGAUAGAGAAGUGAAGAUCGGAGACUUUGGUCUGGUCACGGAUGAGAACGACGACGAUGCUGACAACCUGAGGGAGAGAACGGUGUACAAAGGAACCCCGGGAUACAUGGCUCCAGAGCAGAAAAACAGGCGCACGAGUUAUGAUCGAAAAGUGGACGUAUUUGCUUUGGGGUUGAUCUUUUUUGAAGUCUUUUGGAAGAUCUUACUUGAUGAAAGGAAACCGAUUUGGGAUGAUGCCAGAGACCAGACGUUACCUCAAGGGUUUCAACAACAUUUUCCACUGGAGAGCAAAAUCAUCGUGUCAAUGCUGUGCGAGAAGCCCCAAGGCCGACCUGAAGCAAGUAAACUAAAGACAGACUUUGAAGAGUGCACUCGUAGAUUUACAUCUCUUAAAGAUAUGUGCCUCAACAGUCAGACGUUUUGAUUAUUUCAAGAAAAUGAUUAAACAACAGGCAAAAGCAUCAGUCAUCACAUGCAUGACUAUUCAGCAUCAUAUUCCAUAACACUGAGAGUUUUUAUUUCCUAAAAGGGGUAUCUGUUUAAAUGACUGAUGUUUUCAUGAACUAAAGGCAUCUGAUUAAUUUAGAAUAAUGGAGCAGAGUUGUUUUUUCAAAACUCUGCUGAACUUUUCAUGGAAUUCUGAUAAAAUCAUAUUAAUAUUUUUCUCCAGCGAGUGCAUUAUGCUUUAUGACGAAUCAGACAAAGGUUUUGUUUACAUUUUUAAUUUUGCUCAAACAUUAAAUAUGUAUGGCCCAGAUUUGUUAAAAGCAGGCGGGAAGUCGAAGUUCAGUUCAGACUGGCAAACACAGAGAUGUCUUUUUUAGGGCUGCCCUGUACUGUAAAGGUACAGAUAAUUACUAGAGGCAAUACACUCAUCCGCAUUUCCCUCACCGGUAAUGUAAUACCGGUGAAGGACAGGCCUGCUACUUUGUAAAAGAAAACAUACCCCCAUAGAGACAACCCAUAGUGGCCAUUUGCAGACAUGGUUGUGCUGUGGUGGGGAUUUUGAUGCACGUCUAUUUGCACUUUACGGCUUCUACAGAACGGCUUAUCCAAAGGACCUCACGCGCUGCACUCCACUCCCUCUGGUCCACAGCAAUACAUGGCAACCAUGAAGUGGAUCGGUCCUCACAUAUAUACACCGAGGCGUCUGUCAUUAUAGUAGUAUAUUAUGCCAUUUGAGACUAAAGAAAUGUUGUUUGUAAAAUAUGUUUUUUGGCCCCUGGGUCUUCAGUCAUAUUCCUACCAAUACCUUCUUGGUCUUCAAUACCUUCAAAUAAACCUUGACAUAACUCGUGAAGCCUUAAAUGUGGUAGAGGCAUAAAAAAGACUGUACACACUGGAUCAAAAUGAUGAAAGUGAACAAGCAGAUGUCAUGCAUUUCAUUACCGGCCCUUGAAAUUGGAAAAAAGCCAAAUAUGUGGAUUUGGGUCCCCAGGCAGUAUGCACCCCCAAAGUAUAUACAUAUGGACAUCUCUAUAUUUCCUGUGUUGGAUUAAUGUUGUGACACAUUUCAAGGGCUCUAACAUCAUCAGAAUUUUGAGAUGUGGCAAGAUUGGUAAUGUGGACUCAUUGCUAGAACCUUGAAAAUGUGUGUGAAAAGGGGUCUUUAUGUGGGUAUUUUGUGCGUUAAGUAACAAGUUCCUUCCAUGUAGUCUACAUGUUCAAAUUGAGCAAACAGAGGCUUUAAGCACAAUCAGCUACCAUCGAGGUCCCGGUGACCUUUUUUCAGUGCUAAGUAAACUGUAUUGAGUUGUUGUGUUAGCUGCAUGUGUUGACAUUUUCUCCAGACACAUGGUUGGAGACAGCUCACUAAUAUAAUGCCAUUGGAUUUAUAAGAAAGAUCCACCAGAUGCUAUCUUUGUGGGGCCAACUUGACAUGCUACAUGUUACAUGCUCCAUUGAAGUGGCUUUUGAGCGCUUCCUUUAUGCAAAUAAUGUGUAUUGAGAUACAUUUUGAGCGCAUUUCUUUACUUGUAGGUUGGAUUAAUCCCACCCUCACUUGCCAAAUGCAGGUCUAUACAUGGGUACUCGGUUUAUAGAUGCCGCAUCUUGUUACAUUUAAACGUGAAGAAAACAUGUAAGGCACUUGAAACUUUACACACAGACUGCGCACUUAUAGACUCUUUUUCACACACAUUUUCAGGGUUGCAGGAAUGAUUCCACAUCACCAUUUUGGCUGCUCAAAAAGGCAACAAAUUACAACUUUGACAUGUCAAGUUGCAACAAGUCAGAUUAUGUUUAUGUUAGAGCCCCUGAAAUUUGGUAUAACAUCAAUCAAUUACUGUAAUGCUAUGGGGAUGUAUGAAAAUGUCCAUAUGUGUAAACUUAGGGGGACUGCCUGUGGCCCCAAAAGCACCAAUUAUGCACUUUUUCUUAUUUCAAGGGCCAGUAAUACAAAUAUGACAUCUGCUUGUGCCUUUUAACGAUUUUUAUUUUGUGGUUAACAUUUUAUCUGUGUUUCUACCAAAUGUCAAGGCUCUAGGAGUUGUAUUUAUUAAGAUUCUGAACGCUGAAAAGGGCUUCUUGCCUGACACAUUUUUAGUGGGUGAAAAUGACAAAAUUCCCGGGGGGAAACUAGUCGGCAAGUCUCGUAAGUUCUGCAAAAAUAUAAAACAACAUUUAUUUUUUGGUUUUAAUUAACAUAUAUAUAUAUAUAUAUAUAAUGUUUUGACAAAAUGUAUGAUAUAAAUAAGAACCUCCGUCUGAUUUGACAUAUUGCAAUUUUAACUUUUAACAAAUAAUUAAGUCAUGGUUACGUUAUCAACUAAUUGAAACAAUGUAUUCCACGCUGCAUGUCUAGGUUCAAGUUGUCAAAUGAAACCCAUUGCUUUUAAUGACUGAAUAAAAUGUUGGCAACAAG